AUGACCGCCGCCGAUCCUAGGCCGAUUAAGAUCCGAGAGGUAUGGUCCGAUAAUCUCGAAUCUGAGAUCGAUCUGCUGUCAGAUCUGGUAGAUCGGUUCCCGUUCAUAUCCAUGGACACCGAGUUCCCCGGCGUGAUCUUCAAGCACCAGGAUCUGGCCGGCCGCCGCAGCGGUAAGCCGUCUCCGUUGGACCACUACCGGAUCCUCAAGUCGAACGUGGACGUGCUGAAGCUCAUCCAGCUCGGCCUCACCCUCUCCGACGCGGAAGGUAACCUGCCGGAUCUCGGCCCCGAUGGCGGCCGCUGCAUCUGGCAGUUCAACUUCUCGGACUUCGACGCCGCCCUCGACCCCCACGCGCCCGACUCGAUCGAGCUGCUCCGGUCGCAGGGUGUGGACCUCGAGCGGAACCGGUCCUCCGGGGUGGACUCUGCCCGGUUCGCGGAGCUGAUGAUGGGAUCCGGCCUGGUGUGCAACGACGCCGUGAGCUGGGUGACCUUCCACAGCGCGUACGACUUCGGGUACCUGGUGAAGAUCCUCACGCGCCGACAGCUGCCGGACGGGCUCGGCGGGUUCCUGGAGGUGCUCAAGGCCUUCUUCGGUGAGAAGGUCUACGACGUGAAACACCUGAUGCGGUACUGCGACAGCCUGUACGGUGGGCUGGACCGGGUGGCCCAGGCCCUGGAUGUGGGCCGGGCGGUCGGCAAGUGCCACCAAGCCGGGUCGGACAGCCUGCUGACGUGGCACGCGUUUCAGAAGAUGAGGGAUCUGUAUUUUGUGAUGCAGGAGCACGAGAAGUAUGCUGGGGUGCUCUAUGGAUUAGAAGUGAAUUGA